AUGAUUCCAAAUCAUAUAUUGAUCGUUGGAUCACCCAAUAGUGGUAAAUUGCGAAUAAGUGAUCUCAUUCAAUCGAACACAGAGGUUGAUAGGGUGGAAAGUUUAGUUGACAAAAAUUCACACUGUGGAACAAUACAUAAGACCGAGUUGACUACUAAAUAUUAUACAAUUAAAUUAAACAUUUUAAUUGACGAGUAUGCAAAUUGCAAAGAUGAUGAAUCUGAAGAACAUAAGAUAAAAGCUAUGAUUAAUUGGUGUGAUGAAUUUUUGAGUGAAGAAAUGGAAGAAUUGAGGGAAGUUUUGGAUGGAAUCAUAUUUACGAUUAAUGUAAAGGAAGAUUCUGAAAUAUAUAUAAACUCUCAAAUGGAUGUAAUAGAUAAGAUACGAUCCAAACUUGACAGCAAUCACGUAUGGCCUGGAUUCAUUGCAGUGGUUGGAUCACUUCCAGUCGGGCUGAACGAGGACCAAUACAAUAGUAAAUUUGAAGAAAUAGAGGAUAAAGCUAUAACUUAUGGUCUUGAAUUCAUAAACUUUCAAUUGAGAGGUAAAAAUGAAUACAAAGAAACCCAAGGCAAAGAUCGAAUCUUAGAAUUGAUAGAAAGUCAUGAGUGGUCAAAUAUGGAAUUGAUUAAAUCUUCAACUGAAAUGUAUGAAAGCAAUAAGAAUGAAAAAUUGAUUCAAAUGUCUGAAAGGCUUCUUCAAGAUGACAAAGAAGAGAGAACCACACCAGAGCACAAUGAUUCUCUUGACAAAUGGUUUACUAAGUUGACUUUAGCUAGAGAAAAUGCCAAAAAUCUAUCGCCUUCAGACAGAGAAGAAUAUGCAAAUGAAGUCAUUAAAGAAUUAGUUGAUUAUAUAUAA